AUGGCCUUUGGACGGAGCUCCUGGUGCUCCAAAAAGGAGCUUGGCGACCAGAUUUUAGAUGAAGACAAUAUGUGCUUAGACAGCUUCUUACAACCAGGUCGUUACAUCAGUACUGCUUCCCAGCAUGCACUGCAGUUUUCAACUCCGCAGGCCAAGGCUUUUCGUGGAAAAAAGGUCCAUGGAGAAUAUGACAUAAAGGUUGAACAGGCAGAAUUUUCAGAAAUCAACUUGAUAGCCCAUGCUGACGGCAAUUAUGCAGUAGAUAUCCAAGUAUUUCGAAAUGGCACUAAAGUUGUCAGGUCAUUCAGGCCUGAUUUUGUCCUUGUUCGACAACAUUCAUUCAGUAUGGCAGAAAAUGAAGAUUUCCGUAACUUGAUCAUUGGAAUGCAGUACGCAGGCAUCCCUAGCGUCAACUCCCUGGAAUCAGUCUAUAACUUCUGUGACAAACCGUGGGUGUUUGCCCAGCUGGUGUCUGUCUACAAAACUUUGGGUCCAGAGAAGUUUCCUUUAAUUGAGCAAACAUUCUAUCCAAAUCACAAGGAAAUGCUAACAAUGCCGACAUUUCCUGUUGUUGUGAAGAUUGGACAUGCUCAUUCAGGCAUGGGAAAGAUCAAGGUAGACAACCACUACGACUUUCAGGACAUAGCCAGCGUGGUAGCACUUACUCAGACCUACGCCACUACUGAACCCUUCAUAGACUCCAAAUAUGACAUCAGGAUCCAAAAGAUAGGCAAUAACUACAAAGCAUACAUGAGAACUUCCAUAUCCGGAAACUGGAAGACAAACACGGGCUCUGCAAUGUUGGAACAAAUUGCUAUGUCAGAUAAGUACAAGCUUUGGGUUGACACCUGUUCUGAAAUAUUUGGUGGUUUGGACAUCUGUGCUGUUAAAGCUGUACAUGGAAAGGAUGGAAAAGAUUAUAUUUUUGAGGUCAUGGAUUGUGCAAUGCCUCUGAUCGGUGAGCAUCAGACUGAAGACAGGCAACAUAUAACCGAAUUAGUCGUAAGCAAAAUGAACCAAAUGUUGUCCAAAACUCCUAUCCCAUCUCCUCAGAGACCCACUGCCACUCAGCAGCCUCAGAGUGGAUCACUAAAGGAGCCAGAGCCAAACAAAAUCCCACCUCAGCGACCACCACCUCAAGGGGGCCCAGUGCAACCCCAAGGAAUGCAAUCACAAAGCCAGGAGCCAUUGCAGCCACAGCGCAUGUACCCCCCUGGGCAGUCAGCAAAGCCCUCAACUUCCCAGCCACAGCGUCCGCCUGGACCUACAACUCAGCAGCCACGUCCCCAGGCUCAAGGUCCUUCCAGCGCCAGAUUAUCUAAGGAAGCAGAGCCGCAGCAGCAGCCACAACCACAGCCUGCUCCACAGCCAACUCCACAGCCUGCUCCGCAGCCCGCUCCACAGCCUGCUCCACAACAGAAGCCCCAGUCUCACCCACAACUUAAGUAA